GUGACGAAAUUAUCCUGCGACGUGUUAUUGAACGUAGCUGGUUCUGUGCUCUGUUUUAUCCUGUUUAUUGUACCUUCCUUGCGCAAUCAAUAACUGUUUCCACAUUUCAAAAAGGUCUGAACGUUAGGAUGAUUGACACAGAGAGGGGACCAGAUCGUGUUGAUGCUGGUCCCACAGAGCGCAGCAGCAAGGACAAGGACACGGACACUGAGAAGAAGAAGAAGCGCUCCCGAGUCAAACAACUGCUGGGUGAUGUGAAGAAGCAGGUGGAGUUCUGGUUUGGAGACGUCAACCUUCACAAGGACCGUUUUCUGAGAAAACUCAUGGAUGAGGCAGAUGAUGGAUAUGUUGAUAUAUCUGUGUUGACAAGCUUCAAUCGAAUGAAAAAGCUCACAACAGACACCAAGCUGAUUGCAAGGGCCCUGAAGAAUUCUUCUGUCGUUGAGGUUAACUUGGAAGGCACUAAAGUACGACGGCAGUUUCCAGUUGGAGAUAUACCGAAUGAUACAGACAGCCGCACAGUCUAUGUGGAACUUUUGCCCAAGGAUGUGACACACAGCUGGAUAGAAAGAGUGUUCACAAAAUGUGGGAAUGUCGUGUAUGUUAGUAUCCCGAGAUACAAGACUUCAGGUGAACCAAAGGGUUUUGCGUUUGUUGAGUUUGAGACAGAGGAACAAGCACAGAAAGCCAUAGAGAUGCUGAAUAACCCUCCUGAAGAUGCGCCAAGAAAACCAGGGAUUUUCCCCAAGACAAAAAAUAGGAAGCAGCUCCCUCUGCCAGUCGACAAUCCACAAUUGGGGGAGGAAGAGGAGGAGAAGAAGAAGAAAAAGAAGAAGAAAAAGAGAGACAGUGCCACAGUUCCAAAGCCUGCGGAAGAAGCCAAAGAGCAGAUGAUGGAAGCACAGCCAUCAGAACAAAAGAGGAAGCACUCUGGAGCAGGGGAUUUUAGACCAGAGGUUGCCAGCAGUACCAAGACUGCGGGCAAACUGUCAGAGAAAAAAAGACGACGGUCACAGACAGUAGAAGGUCCUGAAAGUGAGCUGCCAUCAAAGAUGAGAAAAACCAGUGAAAGUGAGUCUGGACUGAAGGAGAAAGAUGUUGUUAAGGCUGAUCCACCCACUCAAAUUGACAUGGAGAGAGGUGUUGAGGAAGGGAAAGAAAACAGAGAUGAUUCAGCAGUCAAAGUGAAGAGGAAGAGAAAAAAAAUGCACAAGGAAAAACUGAAAAUUGGGGAGGAAGUCAUCCCACUGCGUGUUCUUUCAAAGAAAGAGUGGCUCGUACUGAAGGAGGAGUACUUGACCCUGCAAAAGCACAGCAUGACGACACUGAAGAGGUGCAUCACUAAGAUUGAUCAAAAGCGGCACAAGAGUCUGUUGAAGACAGAGAAACAUCAUCAAGAUCUAAAAGAUAAGAGUGAAAAAAGUGAAAAAAGUGAAAAAGCCACGAACAAGGGCCCUCAGUUUACCAGUGGUGUCAUCAUUAAGAUCACAGACGUCAAACCACUACCUGGGAGAAAGUUCAUCAAGGAUGCCUUGUCCAAAAUAUCACCAGUGGCAUACAUUGACAUUUUGGAGGGAGAUGCUGAGGGUCACAUCCGAUUUCACACCCCAGAGGAAGCUAAAGCUGUCAGCGCCGUCAGAGCGGAGAUUCAGAGAGAGCACAGCUGGAAACUUGAAAUUCUCUCAGGUGACCAUGAACAAAGGUAUUGGCAGAAGAUCCUAGUGGACCGGCAGGUCAAGUUAAAUCGCCCGAGAGAAAAGAAGCGGGGCACGGAGAAGCUCAUAUCUAAAGCAGAAAAAAUCAUCAUUGCCCGGGCCAAGGAGGCUAAUAAGCACAUCCGUUUUCAAGAAGACUGACACCUGCCUUUGUUCUUUAUUUUGUACAAGAACAUUUGUAAAUCAGACUUGGUGUGAUGAUAGUGGGCAUUUAUGUGUUUAGUUUGACAGAACUAGUUCAAAUGUUCCCUCGUUUGCACUGGCGCUCCCGAGAUAAUGGCUGAUGCUACUUCGUUCGCAUAUUGUCAUUUUAAUUGACAUUCGUUUUAAAAUAGAAAAUUCUGUGUAUGAUGUGUUUUUGAUUUGUUCUUCUAGUAAAGAGUGAUUCGUCACGAGUCGUAUUUGCUUUUUGUUUUUUAAUAAAAAAUAGUUUGAUGGUC